UCACUCCAACUAAGCCGGCCAAGCCAACACUCUUUCUCUCUUCCCAAACAAUCCCUAACAACACCAUUUUUAUAAAAAGAAAAAGAAAAAGAAAAAUCUACAAAAUUCUGACAUAUCCGAGAAUAAUGCUCACCAGCAGCAUAUCUUCUUUUUCCUUUCUCGCUCCAACAAUUCCCUAACCCAAACUAUCUUCACUCUCUUCUUCACCCCUUUUUUGCUUUCACACCAAUCUCAGACAAAAAAAUACUAUAAAAAAAUAAUUAGGAAACCCUAGAACCGUUUCGGUGGAGGAAAACAUGGCCACCACCACCAGUCUUGGCGGCGGCGCAGGCGGAGACGACCGCGUCCUCGCCACAGCUCAGCAGAUCGUGAAGAGUCUUAGAGCGGCCAAAGAGGAUCGCGAAGACAUGCUUAUGAUCUUCUCUGCCUUCGACAACCGUCUCUCCGGCAUCUCCGACCUCAUCAACGGCGACGAUUCGAAGUCUUCUGAUGAGGAAGAACUCGACCGCUUCGAAGCCGCGGAGAAGGUGAUUCUCGCUGACGCCUCCCACUCCGGCGAGCCUUCGCGCCAAUCCACGUCGCUCUUCAACCCUCCGAACAAUCCCGCGGAGUACUUCUCAGCCGUCGACGAAAUCAUCCACUGGAUGGAGCAGUUCUCGAUCGCGCCGCCGCCGUCCUCCGCCGCGGGUCGCACCAUCCAGGUCAUCGCGGACCGCGCCGAGAACGCGAUUCAGCUCGCGAUGUCGCGGCUCGAGGAGGAGCUUCGGCACGUGCUGAUUUGCAACACGAUCCCUCUCGACGCCGUGAGCCGCUACGGCUCGAUCAGGAGGGUUUCGCUCUCGUUCGGCUCGCAUGACGGCGCCGCCGCAAUUGACGAUUCCCCCCUCCAGAGCUUCGGCGAGGUCGACUCGAGCCGCUUCCACGACCGCGCCGCGAGCCUCGGCGACGACUUGUUCGUCGAUUUGGUGCGUCCCGAGGCCGUUCAGGACCUCAGAGAAAUCAUCGAUCGCAUGGUUAGGUCUGGUUAUGAGAGAGAGUGUCUACAGGUUUAUAGCAGCGUCCGUCGUGACGCUUUGGAUGAGUGUUUGGUUAUUCUCGGUGUUGAGAGGUUGAGUAUUGAAGAGGUUCAGAAGGUUGAGUGGAGGAGUUUGGAUGAGAAGAUGAAGAAUUGGGUUCAGGCUGUUAAGGUUGUUGUUGGAGUGCUUCUCAGUGGUGAGAAGAGGCUCUGUGAUGGUUUGUUUGGCGAUUUGGAUGAUUUGAAGGAGAUUUGUUUCAAUGAGACUGCUAAGGGCUGUGUGAUGCAGUUGCUGAAUUUUGGUGAGGCUAUCGCGAUUUGUAAGCGCUCGCCCGAGAAGUUGUUUCGGAUUUUGGACAUGUAUGAGGCUUUGAGGGAUGCUAUGCCUGAUUUGCAGGCCAUGGUUUCGGAUGAGUUUGUGAUUGGUGAGGCCAAUGGCGUGCUGAGUGGGCUUGGUGAGGCUGCCAAAGGGACUUUUGCUGAGUUUGAGAAUUGUAUUAGGAAUGAGACUUCCAAGAAGCCGGUCAUAACCGGGGAUGUUCAUCCUUUGCCUCGUUAUGUUAUGAAUUAUCUCAAGUUGCUUGUUGAUUAUGGUGACCCUAUGGAUUCGCUUCUGGAGCUUAGUGAGGAGGAUCUCUAUCGGUUUAAAAAUGAUCUUGGUGGUGAUGGUUCGCAGUUAGAGGCCAUGUCGCCCUUGGGGCAGCGAAUUCUGCUGCUCAUGUCGGAGCUUGAGUAUAAUCUUGAGGAGAAGUCGAAGCUUUAUGAGGACAGUGCAAUGCAGCAGGUGUUUUUGAUGAACAAUCUUUAUUACCUAGUGCGGAAAGUGAAGGACUCGGACCUAGGGAAGGUCUUGGGGGAUAAUUGGAUUAGGAAACGCCGUGGUCAGAUACGCCAGUAUGCUACAGGGUAUCUCAGAGCCUCUUGGAGCAGGGCCUUAUCUUGUUUGAAGGAUGAAGGGAUUGGAGGGAGCUCCAAUAAUGCAUCAAAGAUGGCUUUGAAGGAGAGGUUCAAGAGUUUCAAUGCUUGUUUUGAAGAAAUUUACAGGGUUCAGACAGCUUGGAAGGUACCGGAUGACCAGCUUCGGGAGGAGCUGCGGAUAUCUAUAUCAGAAAAGGUGAUUCCUGCAUACCGCUCGUUUGUGGGAAGAUUUAGGUGUCAGUUAGAGGGAAGGCAUGUUGGGAAGUACAUUAAGUAUACACCAGAGGAUCUAGAGACCUAUCUAUUAGAUUUAUUUGAAGGAUCCCCUGCUGUAUUGCAUCACAUAAGGAGGAAAAGUACAUAGUAUAUCAUAAGAUGCUUUUAGCAGGUGAACUCAUUUUAUGAGAAUUACUUGAAAAUGGUUUCCUGUGUCAUGUGUAUUUCUACUUGGAUAGGUGUUUAUUUUACAGGUGUUAAUGUUAGAAUGGGAUUUUGUGACAUUCGACUCUUCCUCCAAGCCCCUUCCCCAAAUCCAAAAAAGAUUUAUUUUUUUCAUGUUCCUUCGAAUACUGUAAUAUCUUUUGUAUAUAGUGUUCUGAUACAGGUUAUCUAUGUUGUUUAUACUUGUUGAAACAGUACACUCAUUAGCUAUCAUAUAUUCAGAUCCUGUGUAUUUACUGCA